AUGUACGACAACCGAGAUGGAUCCGCGCCCAGCUUUAAGCGUCGAAGACUAGAUGGCGGCAGAUUCCAGGAUUCAGGGCGCUCGACGCCGCGAGACUCGAGAUCAGCUGUCACUCCGACCAGAGAUGAUGAUGUCCCUGCGCCGACUGACGAAGACUCGAAAGCGCUGGAUCGCGACUGGUACAUGGGCGAUGAGUUUGGUGGACACGUAUUCGGCGACGACACACACAACCCCUUCGCGGCGUAUUCAUCAUGGGAGGCUAAGCAGCAAGAGGAGAUAAAGGCGGAGAAGAUGACGGGUAGAUUCGAUGCCCGGAGAGAGCAGAGGCAACGGGAGAACGACGCAUGGGAGACAAAUCGGAUGCUUGUGUCAGGAGUGGCGCAACGAAGGGACAUGGGUGCCGAUUUUGAUGAUGAAGAGGCCACGCGAGUGCAUCUACUUGUGCAUGACUUGCGCCCGCCUUUUCUUGACGGACGAACCAUCUUCACGAAGCAGCUGGAACCAGUUCCGGCGGUGCGCGACUACCAGAGCGACAUGGCUGUGUUCAGUCGAAAGGGUAGUAAGGUCGUGAGAGAGGCGCGACAACAACGCGAACGUCAGCGGCAAGCACAGGAGGCUACGAGUAUGGCGGGUACAGCACUGGGUAAUUUAAUGGGCGUCAAAGAGGAUGACGGGGAUAGCGCGUUGCCGGUAGCUUCGGAGGAGGAUUCCAAGAAAAGUGGCAGCGGUGACAAAGGCGACGAUAACGGCAAAGGCAACAGCAACAAAUUCAGCGACCACAUGAAGAAGGACGAGGGCGGCGGCAGCAGUGAUUUCAGCCGGAGCAAAACGUUGCGCGAACAGAGGCAAUACCUGCCUGCGUUUGCGGUACGGGAGGAUCUGAUGCGUGUUAUUCGAGAGAACCAAGUCAUUAUCGUGGUCGGCGAGACUGGAUCAGGCAAAACGACGCAGCUGACACAGUUUCUCUACGAGGACGGGUUUGGAAAGUCAGGCAUGAUUGGUUGUACUCAACCAAGACGUGUCGCUGCGAUGAGUGUCGCGAAGCGUGUCUCUGAGGAAAUGGAGGUCAAGCUUGGCAGCACUGUGGGCUAUGCGAUUCGUUUUGAGGACUGUACUAGCAAGGACACUGUUAUCAAGUACAUGACUGACGGUGUCUUGCUGCGAGAGUCCCUCAACGAGCCUGACCUUGAUAGAUAUUCAUGUGUUAUUAUGGACGAGGCCCACGAACGAGCUCUGAAUACGGAUAUACUGAUGGGUCUCUUCAAGAAGAUCCUCCAGAGGCGACGAGAUCUCAAGCUUAUCGUUACCUCUGCGACGAUGAACGCCAAGCGGUUUUCGGAGUUUUACGGCGGUGCUCCUGAGUUUAUCAUCCCUGGACGAACCUUCCCUGUCGACGUCAUGUUUCACAGAUCACCAGUUGAGGACUAUGUAGACCAAGCAGUUCAGCAGGUUCUAGCCAUUCACGUGUCCAUGGACCAAGGAGAUAUUCUUGUUUUUAUGACCGGACAGGAGGAUAUCGAGGUCACUUGCGAACUUGUCCAACGACGACUUGACGCGCUCAACGACCCUCCUAAGCUCAGUAUCUUGCCCAUCUACAGUCAAAUGCCUGCAGAUUUACAAGCCAAGAUCUUUGACCGGGCACCACCAGGUGUUCGCAAGUGUAUUGUGGCCACUAACAUCGCCGAGACAAGUUUGACGGUCGAUGGUAUCAAGUACGUGGUGGAUGCGGGCUACAGCAAAAUGAAGGUUUACAACCCGAAGAUGGGCAUGGAUACCCUCCAGAUCACGCCUAUUUCGCAGGCAAAUGCUUCACAGAGAUCGGGACGUGCAGGCAGAACAGGUCCCGGUAAGGCCUUCCGGCUGUUUACCGAAAAGGCAUUUAAGGAGGAACUUUACCUGCAGACUAUUCCUGAAAUCCAACGGACAAAUCUCAGCAAUACCGUGCUCAUGUUGAAGUCUCUGGGUGUCAAGGAUCUCUUGGACUUUGACUUCAUGGACCCGCCGCCGCAGGACACUAUCACGACGUCUAUGUUCGAUCUAUGGGCUUUAGGUGCAUUGGACAACCUGGGCGAACUAACUCCUCUUGGUAGCAAGAUGAGUGCGUUCCCAAUGGACCCAUCUCUCUCGAAGCUCCUGAUUACGGCUGAAGAGUACGGCUGCAGUGAGGAGAUGAUCACCAUUGUCUCUAUGCUUUCCGUCCCCAACGUCUUCUACCGCCCGAAAGAACGCCAGGAAGAAGCGGACACCCAGCGCGAGAAGUUCUGGGUGCACGAGUCGGACCAUUUGACUUACUUACAAGUAUACUCUGCAUGGAAGUCCAACGGGUGCUCAGACGGGUGGUGCAUCAAGCACUUUCUCCACGCCAAGUCCCUACGCCGUGCCAAGGAGAUCCGAGACCAGCUGCUGGACAUCAUGAAGCUGCAGAAAAUGGAGAUGAUUAGCUGCGGUAUGGACUGGGACAUUAUCCGCAAGUGCAUCUGCAGCGGCUACUAUCACCAGGCUGCCAAAUACAAAGGCUCUGGCGAGUACAUCAACCUCCGUACCAACCUUGCUGUCCAGCUACACCCGACCUCGGCCCUGUAUGCUGGCCAUCCGCCCGACUAUGUCGUUUACCACGAGCUCAUCCUCACCUCUAAGGUGUACGUUUCGACUGUGACGGCCGUGGACCCCCACUGGCUGGCCGAUUUAGGUGGCGUAUUCUACUCGGUCAAGGAGAAGGGGUAUUCGGUGCGAGAUAAGCGCAUUACUGAGACGGAGUUCAACCGUAAAAUGGAAAUCGAGGCAAAGAUGGCCGAGGACAAGAAGAGAGAGGAACAAAGGUUGGAGGCCGAAGCCGAGAGGUCGGCGAGGAAGAGGACUGGAGCCACUGGCCCAGCGAUGAACGGGAAGAAGAUUGUAACUCACGGUGCCGUUAAGAAGCCCGUCAUCAAGCGUAGAGGCAGAGGCGUUUAG